AUGCCUCUCAUCAACAAGCCGCGGCUAGCCCUGUACCACCAAGGAAACCUCCCAGGCGCGACCUCUGCCGUCUACCUCUGUCCCAAGACGCCCAGCGGCGUGGUUGUGCUCAGUAAUGGUUACGGCUUCUGCGACGCACCGGAUUGGGUUGCACAGCUCAUCAUAGAAGAACUAUUUGAGAUUGGUUCGGAAACUGACUAUGUUGCGCUGGCCAGAGAUGCCGCUGAUGCGAGCAAAGCCAUACGCCUGAGCACCGUUCAGAAAUUUGAGGGCAUUAAAGUUGGCGACACAACACCCUCCACAAAACAAAAGGAGUUGGAAGGAAGAUAUCACAACGCAGCAGGAAGUUUUUUUGUCGAAAUUUUCUCGGAAAAAGGUGAUCUAAGGAUUGCAUUUCAGGGACAAAGGGGAGACGCAUUUACGCUUCGAAAUCUCCACGGCACCACAUAUACCUGGUUCACAUCAACGCGAGAUAUGGCUCAACGGGGACGCCACAUUCACCCAGCGCCAUAUUACAAUAUUCGCUUCCAGAAGGAUUUCGCCUUCAAAGUUGUGGGCCUGAAGUGGGCGCAUCAUGGCAGUGAUGCUAGCCGAGAGUUCUUUAUCAAGGACGGCCUUGAUGCAUCUGCUUUACCACGAACUCUUCUGUGGACACUAGUUAGCUUGGGAGUAGGCGUAGUCAUUUUUCGCAUUUAUGUUGUCAAUGCCAGAAAGGCGGAAGGUCGUAAAGUCUAG